AGCUGCUUGUUGACGCACCCACAUCGGCCAAUCAUGCGCCGUGUCUCCAAGCUGCAGGACCACACGGACCAAUAAGAGCGCAGUGCGGGGCGGGAUGAGUCCAGUCCACUCACACUUCCACUAAAAAUCACUGGUAUUGAAGAACGAUACAGAGACUGGCUCAGACUCUGACAAGGACAGGGGGGACUUGCAGACACAGGUACGAGGGGGGCAGCUCAACAAGGAGGCUUUACGCAUGGACAUGGACGCGUCUGCUUGACCAGCUGGAGACAACCACUGUCGCGUUCCCCAACAGGUCCACCGGAGCCGUGAGCAUGUCGACGGUCGAAGGAGCCAGGCAGCGUGAGGAAGGGGACUACGGAAGGGCGGCGAAGAGACUGAAAACAGAUGAGAGGGAGACGGAGGAGAGAGAGGAGGGGGAGGAGGAGCUGGAGGAGGGGGAGGAUUCGGACACCGGCUCGCUGACCGGUAACGGAGAGUCAGCUGCUGACAACCGGGCCCGGUGGAGUGCCAACCAAUACGCAGAAGGACGUCGGGAUAACGGUGAGGACUCCCAUCGCAUCUCUCCGAGCCCGGUGGUCCAUGUCAGGGGUCUGUGUGAGGCUGUGGUGGAAGCGGACCUGAUCGAUGCCCUGGAGAAGUUCGGACCAAUAUGUUAUGUCAUGAUGAUGCCAUUCAAGCGUCAGGCUCUGGUGGAGUUCUCUGCAGUGGAAAGUGCUGACCGCUGUGUGUCCUGUGGAGCCAAGGAGCCUGUGUACAUUGCAGGCCAACAGGCAUACUUCAACUACUCAACAUCCAAAAGAAUCACCAGACCCACCAACGCUGAUAACCCCAACAGUGGAAACAAAGUGCUCCUGCUGUCCAUACAGAAUCCUCUCUACCCUAUAACCACGGACGUUCUGUACACCGUGUGUAACCCCAUCGGAAGUGUGCUUAGGAUCGUCAUCUUCAAACGAAAUGGAAUCCAAGCCAUGGUGGAAUUUGAGUCCAUUCAGUGUGCUCAGAAGGCCAAGGCUGCUCUGAACGGAGCUGACAUCUACGCUGGUUGCUGUACACUCAAGAUUGAAUAUGCGAGGCCAACACGACUGAAUGUGAUAAAGAAUGACAACGAAAGCUGGGAUUACACUAAACCGUACCUGGUCAGACGAGACCGUGGAAAGGGCAGGCAGAGACAAGCCAUUUUAGGAGAACACCCAUCCUCCUACAGUGAUAACGGCUAUGGUCCACCCUGCCCCCUGCUGCCGCUGCCUGGCAACAGCAGGUACAAGCUCACCUCAGUGGACGUUCCAGACAUGGUGUCCUACCCCCUGCCUCAGUCCUCCUCCUCCUACUCUGGUCAUGCCCCCAGUUCUGUUGCCAUGGUGAGCGGCCUGCAUCCGUCCAAGAUGAACUGCACCCGCAUCUUCAACCUCUUCUGUCUGUACGGGAACAUUGAGAAGGUGAAGUUCAUGAAGAGUGUUCCUGGUACGGCCUUGGUUGAGAUGGGAGACGAGUACGCUGUAGACCGAGCCAUCACACACCUCAACAGCAUCAAGGUGUUCGGCAAGAGACUCAACGUCUGUGUGUCUAAGCAGCAUGCAGUGAUCCCCAGUCAGGUGUUUGAGUUGGAGGAUGGCAGCAGCAGCUACAAGGACUUCGCCAUGACCAGGAACAACCGCUUCAGCAGCGCCGGACAGGCCUCCAAAAACAUCAUCCAGCCUCCGUCUGCUGUGCUACACUACUACAACGUCCCUCCAUGCAUAUCACAGGACCACUUACUGAGGCUGUGUACAGAGUACGACGUGCCGGGCUUCGUCAAAUUCAAGAUGUUUGAUGCCAAACCCUCCUCUAAGACCAUCUCUGGCUUGUUGGAGUUCAACAGUAAGACGGAAGCUGUCGAGGUUCUUACUGUUCUCAAUCACUACCAGAUCAGGAUACCCAAUGGGUCCAACCCCUACACCCUGAAACUGUGUUUCUCCACCUCGUCUCACCUAUGAAGGACCGGAAGAAACUGCUGAGCCUUACGAUGGCUGACCUCUGACCUCUGAGCUCAGAGGAGGCGAGGGACCUUGAGCGACGGUCACAAAGACAAGUGGAGGAGAUAAACAGAAACAAGUAUGAAAGGAGAAUAAAGACUGAUAGAGAGGGAGAGAGAGAGAGAGAGAGAGAGAGAGAGAGGGAGAGAGACGUCCUUCAAAGGAGAGAGAGGAGAUCAGACUGAACAUCACACACACACAUACACACACACACACACACACACACACACACACACACACUCAUCCCACCUUCAACUCAACAAGCUGACAGACUCAAAUCUGAAUAACUGAACUUCUCUGAUCGUGUGUUUACAUUUUCUUGUGGGAGGACGCUUCUCAUGCCCGGUACCCACCGUUCCGUAAACCUGAGUCUGGAGACUUGGACUGGAAGACAGAUGAACUGACUUCAGACUCAGUCUACAGAUAAGAAAUCAUCCUCUCUGUGCAUGGCACACGGUGACCGUGACAGUACUUUAGUGUUUAAAGGAUACAUCCAGUGUGUUGUUUUGAAUUGCAGCUGAACAUGUACAGUAAAUACAUUUGAUUUUAAAGUCCUGAUAGACUGCGAGGCCUGUGGACGGGGUGUCACUUCAAGCUCUAGUCUAGCACUUUAGUUGACUCACCUGCUGAACAGCUGUUUACUUUGCUUUGGAUGUUUACGGCCUCUACAAGAAGAAUCUGAACUUAUUAACAACCUUCCUACGUCUUAUCCUGGUGGUCAUUUUCAGCCUCACAUUUUUCUGUGACGUGUUAUCUGUAAACGUGUUCAUACGUUCACUUUGGAUCCCUUUUGAGCUUCUACUUUUUAUUGGCCCUGUCUUACUAAUCUCACUCACAGUUCCAACCUGGACACAUGAACAAUGAGACUCAGAUGGGCAGAGUGUCAUGACAUUUAAAAAAGCACAUUCAUUGUUCUCAGAGGAUAACUUCUCGAUAUCUCAUCAGUUUGCCUUAAGUGCCAACAUCAAGCCAAAAUAUCAAUUUUGCAUCCGAAACAUGUGACGACGUAGUUUCAGUUUCAUUCAUGUACCUACAGAGAUGAAUCUUAGUCAUUGUAGUGCUUCUUUGACCUUUUUCUUUGGCAACACCGUGACAUCUAAAGAAACGACAGCAGCGUUUUCAGCUCAGCAAAGAAAUGACAGAACACUGGCAUAGCUUUGAUUUUCUGUGGGUCAGGAUGUGACACUGAAGGGGCCGCUGACAUGGUUUCUAACUUUAAGCCUUCUUCUUCUGACUUAAUCAUUUCACGAUAACAACUUCCAGUAGUGAACACAUAAUGGAGCGCUGGAGCAUGCAAUACAUGUCAUACAGUGUAAUUUUCCUGCUAGAGUUUCCUGACUGAGUUUACAAUAAUGUUCUUUUAUUUAGAACUUCUUUCAAUUCUCUAAAUGAUGUUAAAUGUUUUCCUUCACUUAGUAUGGUACAUGUACAGGUUUGAUCUUUUUCAUGCAUCUUGCAGGACGUAGACAAUGUUUCUUCUCACAUUGCAUCAGUCAGAUAUUACAUAGACUGUCUGAGUUUUAUUUAUCUUAAAGUCCAAGUUAUCAGCAGAAUCUUAAAGACACCACAUCACAUAAUGACUCUAAUGUCUCACUGAGAGAAACAAUGAGCGACUGAAGCUGAUUGUGCCGUUUCACGACAAUCCCACAGACAUCAGGAGUUUCUAUUUUGUAAAGAUUUAAAGCAAAUGAUUUGGUGAAGAGCUUUAGCACUGCAAAAAACUUAAACAAAGAUUCAGGUGAGAUCAUGGGAAUGAAGGGUUUCCCAGCACAGCCCUGCUGGUUCUGUUGUACAUGCUGACUUGAGGUCACUCCUUUUGUGAGGCUGGUUUUAGUUUGAGCCUGAUCAGCUGCACCCUGUCUGCAAGUCACUUUGCUCCUGUGUUAUAUGAAUAGAUGUUUAUAUUAUACUGCUCGUGGAUUGUUUAAUCACCAUAUCUCUACGGCAUAUUCAGAAUCUGGAUCUCAGUUUGAGCUUGUUUUAGUAAUGCUUCCUGCUGUCAGAAUUCCACAUGUCGAUCAGAUGUCGAUAGAUAUAUUGAUCUAAUGCAUUGAUUUGACACAAUUGUCACCAUUAUAUCCUUAAUGUCAUGAAUUUUCUCUUGUCACAUUUUAAACAGGACAUGGACAUAUCAGUCAAAUGGAACAACGCAAUAGAUUUUAUUCUACUGGAUAAGCUAAUGAGAUAUAUUUCGGGAAAAAAUGGGGGGGAAAUGAAGGUGCAAUGUAUUUGUUUUUCAGAAAAGAUCAGAAUCAGAAUCAGAAAUACUUUAUUUAUCCCUAGGAGGGAAAUUCAGUCAUAACAGCUAUUAUAAACAGUAGGUAAGAAAGUAGAAAUAUUGAUAAAAGAAGGAAUAAAAAAGAAAAAAAUAUGAGUAAAUUAGAAAUAAAUAAAAUGAAGAUCAAAUGAAAGAGAAUAAAAUGAAAUAACAAUAAAGUAGUUUUUUUAUUCUAAGAUUAAAUUCAGAAUUCUGACUUUAAUUAGCUGUAAAUUGGCUUUAAGCUUACUCUGGUACAAUGCAUCAACUGGUGACAUUUAUGUUAAAUAUUGUAAAUGGUCCCUUUAUAAAUAAAUCAAAUAAAAAUAAAAAUAAAUCUCAUAAUAAAAACAAAUAUAUUGCACCUAAAUAAAAUUAGCCCAGUGGCCCUCAUCCUCUCCAGUGGACAGAGGAUCCGGAUGACUUAAUGAACUGUACCUGAUGCGCCCCUAAUGCAGCAUGACGCCACUACUGAAGACCGUUUUAAACCAAAUGACUAUUUUCCAGGAGAUUCAAAGACCCAUGUCUUUCCAUAUAUCUCCUGUCGAGGAACAUGGAAACAGUUUGCACAUCGGUUUUAUCUGAAUUUUAUUAUAGAAAAAUCAUUUUUAAUCAGGAUUCUAUCUGAAAAAAACUGAUCAGAUAAACUCACCACUCUGAGACCGGUACAUCAAACAGAAGAAGGAAGCAGCUGUCCUCUUUGGAUAUUCAUUUGAAUGACAACCUUACAAACAACAGGCCGAUCUUACCUUUAACUCAAUCAUUCUGUCUUUGUCAUAUUUAAAGUUGGUGUCAGAUUUGCUGAAUAAUGUUAAUUCUCAUUUCGGAGACACAAAUAGAAACAUAUUUGCACUUCUCAUUGAAACCCCUGGAAUCAGACUGAUGGACAUACCACUUCCUCCAGUUAAACAGCUUCUUUCUUAUAUAUCAUUUUUAUAAUGUAAUUCUCCUACAAGAUUUUUCUGCAUAAAAUGUGUGAAUAGAUGUUUUAAAAUGUGGGAGCUGCUUGGUUUCCGAUGAAGGCCUUCUGUGGGUGACGGCUUCUUUACGGUCACUUCUUUAAAGAUGGGACAGACACACUGUCUCUGUUAAAGCCUGUAUGUCUUAUAGAACACUCUGAGUCUCCAAGCCUUUCUAUCAUUAUCCAUGAGUCCAUCACACUUGUGAAUUAAGGCAUGCCUUUUUGUACAUAAUAUGUAUAUAUAGGUGGUAAACUGUUUGGACGGAUGGAUCUCACUUAGUGCAGUUAAAUUAUUUCUUCUCUAGAUGUUGUUUUGUACAGCUCUUACAUCACUGGAAUUUAAUGUAUUUCUAAGGACGUUUAAGUUUUAUUUAUUGUUUUUAAAGAAGUUUAUUUAGAAUGUUUCUGGGGUUGAUAAAUAAGGUCUGCUGUAACUGAAGCUGGCACACAUUUAAGGACUAAUACUGUGUGAGGAAGAUUUACCAACAUCCUAUCAUUUUGAGAUUGUUAAGAUUUAAUGUUGUAGUAGUCAGUAAUCAUUGAGAAAUGUACACAGAAGUAUAUUGUUCAUUUAUUUAGAACCUGUGGUUGUAACUUGUAUGUAUGUUCAAACUGAAUAAAUCCAGGUUUGGGGCUGUAAAGUCAGCCACACACAACUCAACAAAAA